CUGUGACUGAGUGCCACUGGGAAUCUGCACUCCGGAGAAGGUGAACUGAAAUUUGUCAGGAAAGUUUGCAGUGAGAUCCGUCCAGCUGACCAUGCAUCCAGAGGAAAUAGUCAAAAACCCACAUGAGCUGUACUACAUGCAGGUUCAGCGUGAGAGAGAAAGGGGAGAGAGGAUGGAGGACAGCCCCAGGAACAGGAAGUUGAGGGUGUGCGUGGCCACCUGUAACCGUGCCGACUACUCCAAGCUGGCUCCCAUCAUGUUCGGGCUGAAGGCCGACCCGGACAACUUUGACCUGGAAGUGGUGGUGCUGGGGUCACACCUUAUCGACGAUUACGGAAACACGUUCCGUAUGAUCGAGCAGGACGAGUUCGAGGUCAGCUCCAAGCUGCACACCAUCGUGCGCGGGGAGGACGAGGCGGCCAUGGUGGAGUCGGUGGGCCUGGCGCUGGUCAAGCUCCCUGACGUCCUGAAGCGGCUCGGCCCGGACGUGCUGGUGGUCCACGGCGACCGCUUCGACGCGCUGGCGUUAGCCACGGCGGCGGCGCUGAUGAAUAUCCGCAUCCUGCACCUGGAGGGCGGCGAAGUGAGUGGCACCAUCGACGACUCCAUUCGCCACGCCAUCUCCAAGCUGGCACACUACCACGCCUGCUGCACCCGCAGUGCCGAGCAGCACCUCAUCGCCAUGUGCGAGGACCACACCCGGAUCCUGCUGGCCGGCUGCCCCUCCUACGACCGGCUGCUCACCUCCUACCCCAGCGAGGACCCCGUCCACGUCAUUCAGAACUGGCUGGGAGACGAUGCAAAAGAAAACGGCUACAUCCUGGCUCUGCAGCACCCCGUCACCACCGACAUCAAAAACUCAGUUAAGAUGUACGGCCUGAUGCUGGACUCCCUUAUGUCCUUUAACAGGAAGACGCUUGUCCUCUUCCCCAACAUUGAUGCAGGAAGUAAGGACAUGGUGCGCGUGAUGCGGAGGAAGGGGAUCGAGCGGCAUCCCAACUUCCGGGCGGCGAAACACGUUCCGUUCGAGCAGUUCAUCCAGCUGGUGGCCCACGCCGGCUGCAUGAUCGGGAACAGCAGCUGCGGGGUGCGGGAAGCCGGGGCCUUCGGAACGCCCGUCAUCAACCUGGGAUCCCGUCAGACAGGCAGAGAGACAGGUGAAAACGUCCUGCAUGUACGAGACGCAGACACGCAGAAUAAGAUUGACCAUGCCCUGGAGCUGCAGUUUGGAAAACGGUAUCCCUGCUCUAAGAUCUACGGCGACGGGGGCUCCGUGCCACGCAUCCUGAAGUUCCUGCAGAGCAUCGACCUAGACGAACCGCUGCAGAAGUCCUUCCGCUUCCCGCCAGUGGCAGACUGCUUCUCCCAGGACAUCGACCAUAUCCUGGAGACUCAGAGCGCCCUGGCCGUGGACCUGGGGGGGACCAACCUGCGUGUGGCCAUUGUCAACAUGAAGGGGGAAAUGGUGAAGAAGUUCUGCCAACCAAACCCAAAAACCUAUGAAGAUAGGAUGGGACUCAUUUUGAAGAUGUGCACAGAUGCCGCAAUCCAGGCUGUGGACCUCAACUGCAGAAUCUUGGGUGUUGGUGUGUCCACUGGCGGCCGUGUGAAUCCUAAGGAGGGGUUGAUCAUUGACUCCACCAAGCUGAUCCAGGAGUGGAGCGGCAUAGACAUUCGCACACCUAUCUCCGACACCCUGCACCUGCCAGUGUGGGUGGACAAUGAUGGAAACUGCGCUGCGCUGGCGGAGAAGAAGUUCGGACACGGCCGAGAGGUGGAGGACUUUGUGACCAUCAUCACCGGCACAGGCAUCGGAGGGGGGAUCAUACAGCAUGGCGAGCUGAUCCACGGCAGCACCUUCUGCGGGGCCGAGCUGGGCCACAUCACCGUGUCUCUGGACGGGCCCGAGUGCAAGUGCGGCAACCGCGGCUGCGUGGAGGCGUACGCGUCCGGCCAGGCUCUGCAGCGCGAGGCCAACAAACUGCACGACGGUCUGUACUCCCCCACUCAGCCUUACGCGGAUCUACUAAUGAAGGAGGAUGUGGCCCUCAAAGCCUCAGAGCCUGCUACUGCUGCUCACCUCAUCAAUGCUGCUCGGCUGGGGAACCCCAACGCAGAGGCUGUUCUCAGAACAGCUGGCACCGCCUUGGGCGUGGCCGUGGUGAACAUCCUGCACACAGUCAACCCCUCCCUGGUGGUCCUCUCCGGCGUGCUGGCUUCGUCCUACCUGGCCCCCGUCAAGAAGGUCAUCUCCCAGCGAGCUCUGAGCUCAGCCAGCAGCGUCACGGUGCUGACCUCCAACCUGGAGGACCCGGCCCUCCUGGGGGCGGCCAGCAUGGUGCUGGACUACGCCACCCGCAGGAUGUACUGACGGUCCGGUCCUAACAGCCACCGCCCUUCCCCCGCCUAGCCAAUAACCCCGCCCCACGCCUGCAUCUCCGCCCUCUUCCUCUCUCCAUGUGGAACCUUGCUUGGGGCGCGCCUGGGGCAGGUACUCUAUGUGGGGACACCCCACCCCCAUGAGAGACACUUUCCCUCUGGGGGGGGUUGGCACUGCUGUUUUUUUUGUUUUUAUUUCAGAAACUAUUUUUUACAUUUUUAACUGCUUUUGCUUUACCUCUAGAGUCGGUAAGCCUAGCACAGGCGCAGCUUAACAGGUCACCCGUGCUAGGCUUCAUGUGCAGCUUAACAGGUCGACAACAACAAGAUCCUCGCAAACAAACCCUACCUAACUCUGGGUAGAAGCUAAUCGUGAGGUGCCCUGUGGGCCCACCAGCCACAGUCAAUAUUUGAUUACAGACCGUGGGGGGUUAUCUAGAACAACUGCACUAGAAAAGCAGGUCAGCUACCCACCAGCCCCCACCAGACCCUUGUAAGUGAUGAGAAUUGUAAACCACAGCAUCCCUCAACAGCACCUUUUCUUAUACUUGAAAAUGGAGAAAAAGUUAACUAUGCUGCCCACUAAGCAUUCUCCACAACAUCCACACAUUCACCCAUCGAGCUGAUUGCUAUGGUAUAUGACUGGGAAGAAAAUGCAACUUAGUUAGUCAACAGUGAUAUGUCUAUAUGUGUGCAGUUGCUAGCACUUUACUUUAACUAUCUGAGCCACAUACAGGCCACAUACAGGCCACAUACACACAGCCAGCCAAUUACAACUUUAGGCAAAUGUUGUAACACCGUGAAAAUUCAUGUAGAAAAUUUCAUUUCAAAACUUUUAUUGGCACAGCAUACAUUCGUAUAGUGUAACAGGAUUUGUCAUGUAAAAAUGAUGUAAACCACCGUUAUGACUGUUCUGUCCUGGUUAUGAGAAUGUUUUGUUGGAUCUAUGCCAUAUUAUUUCAGGGAGGAGGGCAUUAUGUCAUAUUUUUUAGUCAUAUUAUUGAAGGGACAUUUUAUUGUUUUCUUAAUAUUAAGUUUAUUUAAUAAACUUUGGAAAACUGUCCAGACUUAAAGCUUUAUGUCUGAAAUGAAGCUGACAAAACAAGUUUGGGGAACCAUAACUGAAAUAUAGCUAUUAUAGUCUAUGCUGUGAUUUUCAGUGACAUUUAUAUGAAGUCAUAGUCUUUGAAGUGACCCUUUUUGUAUUUCAAUUUUGCACAAUGAAAUAAAUAUGUGAUAAUCAUUAUCAUUAAAAUCCAUAUCCGAUCCAUAUAUCAUUAAAAUUGUGACAACUAUGCAUUUCAUAAAUGUCACAUUUUUAAUGAUAUGUGGAUGUAAAUAUACAUUUUACAUUCAAAGAUUGUUACAAAUGUUUCUGUGUGCAAAAAAACUGUCUUGAAUUUCAGAUGGUUAGAGUAAUAUAUGGUGAGAAUGUUUACCAAAACCUUAAAAUAAAAAUAACUUUUCCAUUUA